UCCCACCCUCAGUCUCCUUUGCGUCGGAAUACUGAGAACCUCAGCCAGAGUCCAGGACCUGCCAAGGGCCAAAAGAGACCCUCUUCCGCUGGCCUGAGAAUACAAGUCUCCACUGCACUCCACAAGCCUUCAAUCCUCUGUCUCUAUGUUUACGGGACAAUGAACCAGAAGACCAUCCUGGUGCUCCUUGCUCUGGCUGUCAUCACCAUCUUUGCCCUGGUGUGUGUCUUACUAGCUGGCAGGGGGGGAGAUGGGGGUGAACCCAGUCUGCCUCCCCACUGCCCCUCCGGAUCUCCCAGUGCCCAGCCCGGGACACACCCUGGCCAGAGCCAGCUGUUUGCAGACCUGAGCCGAGAAGAGCUGACGGCUGUGAUGAGCUUCCUGACCCAGCAGCUGGGCCCACGCCUGGUGGAUGCAGCCCAGGCCCAACCCUCAGACAACUGCGUCUUCUCAGUGGAGCUGCAGCCGCCCCCCAAGGCUGCAGCCCUGGCCCACCUGGACAGGGGGCGCCCCCCGCCUGCCCGGGAGGCACUGGCCAUCGUCUUCUUUGGCGGACAGCCCCAGCCCAACGUGACUGAGCUGGUGGUGGGGCCGCUGCCGCACCCCUCCUACAUGCGGGAUGUGACUGUGGAGCGUCACGGGGGCCCCCUGCCCUAUCACCGACGCCCCGUGCUCAUGCGAGAGUACCGGGACAUCGACCAGAUGAUCUUCAACAGAGAGCUGCCCCAGGCUGCUGGUCUCCUCCACCACUGCUGCUUCUACAAGCACCAAAGAGGGAACUUGGUGGCAAUGACCACAGCCCCCCGUGGCUUGCAAUCAGGGGACAGGGCCACCUGGUUUGGCCUCUACUACAACAUCUCAGGGGCUGGGUAUUACCCGCACCCUGUGGGCUUGGAACUCCUGGUAGACCACAAGGCUCUGGACCCUGCCCAGUGGAUAAUCCAGAAGGUGUUCUUUCAAGGCCGCUACUAUGAGAGUCUGGCCCAGCUGGAGGAGCAGUUUGAGGCCCACCUGGUGAAUGUGGUGGUGGUCCCAUACAAUGGCACAGGUGGGUUCUGGUCCCUGAAGUCCCACGUGCCGCCGGGUCUGGCUCCCCCCAUGCAGUUCCAUCCCCAGGGCCCUCGCUUCAGUGUCCAGGGGAGUCAAGUGGCCUCUUCAUUGUGGACUUUCUCCUUUGGCCUCGGAGCUUUCACUGGUCCAAGGGUCUUUGACAUCCGCUUCCAGGGAGAACGGCUGGCUUACGAGAUCAGCCUCCAAGAGGCCUUGGCUGUCUAUGGUGGAAAUUCCCCAGCAGCAAUGCUGACCCGCUAUAUGGACGGCAGCUUUGGCAUGGGCAAGUACUCCACGCCCCUGACCCGUGGGGUGGACUGCCCCUAUCUGGCCACCUACGUGGACUGGCACUUCCUUUUGGAGUCCCAAGCCCCCAAGACACUACGCGAUGCCUUUUGCGUGUUUGAGCAGAACCAGGGCCUGCCCCUGAGGCGACACCACUCAGAUUUUUAUUCCUACUAUUUUGGGGGCCUUGUGAAUACAGUGCUGGUCUUCAGGUCUGUAUCGACCUUGCUCAACUAUGACUAUGUAUGGGAUAUGGUCUUCCACCCCAAUGGGGCCAUUGAAGUCAAAUUCCAUGCCACGGGCUACAUCAGCUCAGCGUUCCUCUUUGGUGCUGCCCGAAGAUUUGGAAACCAGGUUGGGGAGCACACGCUGGGCACCAUCCACACCCACAGUGCCCACUACAAGGUGGAUCUGGAUGUGGGAGGACUGGAGAACUGGGUCUGGGCUGAGGACAUGGCCUUUGUCCCCGCGGCGGUACCCUGGAGCCCCGAGCACCAGAUACAGAGGCUGCAGGUGACCCGGAAGCUGCUGGAGACAGAGGAGCAGGCCGCCUUCCCCCUGGGAGGUCCCUCCCCUCGCUACCUGUACCUGGCCAGCAACCACAGCAACAAGUGGGGGCACCCUCGGGGCUACCGCAUCCAGACGGUCAGCUUUGCUGGGGAGCCCCUGCCCCAGGACAGCUCCAUGGAGAGAGCCCUAAGCUGGGCCAGGUACCAGCUGGCCGUGACCCAGCGGAAGGAGGCGGAGCCCCGAAGCACCAGCAUCUUCAAUCAGAAUGACCCCUGGACCCCCACCGUGGACUUCUCAGACUUCAUCAACAAUGAGACCAUAGCUGGGAAGGACUUGGUGGCCUGGGUGACAGCCGGUUUCCUGCACAUCCCACAUGCAGAGGACAUUCCCAACACAGUGACUGUGGCGAAUGGCGUGGGCUUCUUCCUCCGACCAUACAACUUCUUUGACCAGGACCCCUCCAUCGAUUCUGCUGACUCCAUCUACUUCCGGGAGGGCCAGGAUGCUGGGGCCUGUGAGGUCAACCCCCUGGCUUGCCUCCCCCAGGCUGCAGCCUGUGCCCCUGACCUCCCUGCCUUCUCCCACGCGGGCUUCUCCCACAACUAGGUGGUUCCUGGGAUGGGGAAUGUUCGGGACCCCAGGGCCAGGGAGUGUGCGGAUGGGAGGUGUUGGGCACUGGGCGGGGCACCCUGUGCCCUCUUCUCCCUCCUCACAUCCCUGGGGUCCUCUCUCUCCCGUCAUCCUCCCUUGCCUCCCCCUUCCCUGCUGGGAGCAUCCUGUGUCUGUGGUGCCUGACGUGGGGGGUUCUCAACGCUGUUGACCCCAGACCUGCUGAGUUCCUGUCACGAGAAGAAAGGAAUGGCCAGCCAGGACCUUGGAGUCGUGGUUAAACCUUUCCAGAAGACUCCUGUUUUUGUUUUUGGUCUUUUCUGUUUGUUUUCUUUUCUUUUUGCUUUCUGGCUUUCCCAUAUCUUCUUAGGCCAUCCCAGGUAUCUCCUGGCACUCCUCAGUCCUCACUUGGGAGGUGAGGAUGGGGCUCUGCUGUGGGGAUAGCCGCCUGGAGGUCCCGGGGCAGGGUUCCUGCCAGGCCUAUGCAUCCAGGAAUCAAGCCAGAAGGGGCUCUUUGGCCCAUGUUUCCUCUCAUCCUAGUCCUCCUCCCCUCUCUCCUCCUUCUGGCCUAGGCGCCUCCUGUUCCUUACCUGUUCUUUUAUCCUGGGAUUUUCCUCCCAGCCGCGGGGGAUGUUGCUCAGCCCUCAUUUCUCCCCUCUGGUCUCCUCUCCUGGCUGUAGGCCUGUGGAAGUCUCAAAAUGCAAUGGACAUCUAGUUUGAGAGGACAGUCCUCGUCUGUGUCCCUGGGUCUUGGAGCUGCCCCUCCCCCGAGUCCUGGCACGGGGUGUGUUUUCCCACAGUUCUUUCUGCCUAUUUGUAUAGGCCUGCCUUGCAUUCUCUGGCUAGGAUGGUCACGGAGACAGCAGCGGUUCAAGUCAGCACUUUAGGUGGCCCUGUGGGUGCGGUGGUAAUGAGGCGUGGUCAUUUUGUGCCAGGUCUGUGUGUGACCAGUGCCCUCUGUCCUCUGGGGCAGCCCACGUGGGAGGCUGGGUGGGCACCGAGGCUGAGAGGCAGGAAGACCAGGGACUCCAGCCCUGGGGCCAGGGGCUGUCCAAUCUCCUACGAGCAUGCAAAUGAGCCAAAGCCUCUGGGGGUGGAGCCUCCCCGUCAGGCUGUCCCUGUGGAAGGAUGGGUGGGGGCUGUCUGGGUUUGGGGGGGGGGGGUCCCUGUACAAAUAGUCAGAGAUGGGCAGCAGCAGAACCAUCGUCCCUUGAAGAUUGCUUAAAUAAAUUCGGAUACAGCCUUACAAAGCAAUACUAUACAGCUGGUCACAGAAGUGCUACAGGGCACUUCCCUUUGUGUUUGACAGGGGAGGGUGAGAUAAACACAUAUUUUCAUGUCUUCUACAUGUAUAUUCAACGGACAUGGGUAACACUGGUUGCCCCUUUGUACAGUUUGAAUUUUGAACCAUGCGACUGUAUUACCUAUUCUUUUUUUAUUAUUCAAAUAAUAAAUGGGCCCAAACAA